AUGCUUGUAACACCAAUUUUACUGAUUUUCUCCAUGGGUCUUCUCGUGCUCGCUGAUGAGCAACAAAAUGAGUGAGUUACUCUAACUUUUUAGAAAUCUUUUAAAAAAUCUGAUUUUUUUUCCAGUGUUGAAGCAUUUUCUGAUCAGUUGGAAAACUUUGAUAAUGAGUAAGUUAUAAAUUGUAAACACAACAAUUUUUCAAAUCAUAUUUAGCUUGGUUAAACGAGCUGCGUUCGAUAGAUCUUCGAUGGUAAGAUUCGGAAGAUCACCAAUGGAUCGAUCAGCAAUGGUGAGAUUCGGAAAGCGGUCACCGAUGGAUAGAAGUGCGAUGGUGCGAUUUGGAAAGCGGUCACCAAUGGAUAGAAGUGCGAUGGUACGCUUCGGAAGAUCACCCUAUGAUAGAUCUUCGAUGGUUAGGUGAGAGAUUUCAUCAAAUUUUGAUUCACUAGCAUCAUUAUUUUAUUAAUCAUACAAAUUAAAAACAAAAAUUAUUUCAGACUUGGAAAAAGAUCCCCAAUGGAUAGAUCUGCAAUGGUUCGAUUUGGAAAACGUUCUGCAACUGAAACUGAAGCCGAUGAUGAACAAUAA